AUGCCUGCCUCCCUGCUCUCAGUUGGACCGCCUCACAGAUUGGAAUACCUUAAACUCACCUGCAAAAAAAACAAGAAAAUCAUCACAGCUAAGUCUGGACAGAAAGUCACUCUGACAUGUCGAGCUCCAAACAAUAACAUCAUAGUUGUGAAGUGGAGCAGAGCUGACUUGGAACCAGAAUAUGUCCUUUUGUACCGGGAUGAUCUGUUUGUUCCAGAUGAGCAGCAUCCAUCUUUUAAGGACCGGGUGGAUCUGCAGGACAGACAGAUGAAGGAUGGAGACGUGUCUUUGAUUCUGAAGAAUGUGACGAUUAAUGAUACUGGAACAUACGAGUGUCGUGUCUUCAUGAGAGAAACACGCUCGUGGAAAUCCAUCAGCAUCAUCACCCUGAGUGUUGUUGAUCCUCCAGGUGAGUGAGUAGAGUUGAGUGUGUGUGUGAUCAGAGGUGAAGCUGCUUCCUGGUUGUUGAUGUUUGUUUCUAAAGAUGUUGUUGAUGAGACUUUGUAGA